UCUCCGACAAGAUGAACUCCUUUCAGUUAGCAAAUGAGUCUUCUUCUCUCCUUUCCUUAUCUCCAAAAUUUAUCCUCCCAGAAGAUAAAAGGCCACAACUUUCAGAUGUUACUUCACUGGACUCAAUUCCCAUAAUUGAUUUGAGUGAUCACGGUUAUAAUGAUGACAACCCUUCAUCCUCAUUGAUGGUUCAGAAGAUAUCACAAGCUUGUGAGGAAUAUGAAUUCUUUCAGAUAGUGAACCAUGGCAUUCCUGAACAAUUUUGCACCAAAAUGAUGACAGCAAUUACUGACCUCUUCAAUCUUCCUCCAGAGCAAAUAGGACAGCUCUACACAACAGAUCCUCCCAAGAACACAAAACUUUACAACAAUUACCUUCAUGUGGAGGGUGGAGAAAAGGUUAAAAUGUGGAGUGAAUGCUUCAGUCAUUAUUGGUAUCCUAUUAAGGAUAUUAUUCAUCUUCUGGCACAAGAAAUAGGGACUCAAUAUGGGUGA